CCAGGUACUCAGAUGCCAGGGUCCGAGCUGACUGGUGAAACUCAACUGCCUUUAGGAAGUGUGCUCUGCGUCAGGAGCCUGCGCACAGACCCCUGUGGCCAGGGUUGACUUCCUCCCACAGGGUCUGGGCGGGGCAGGCAGGAAGGGGCCAUGACUGGUCCUCUUGGCUACCCACCAGAGCAGCAGCUGAGCUAGCAGGACAAGCAGCUGGGCCGCCUUCCCCGGGGACUUCGGAAUGGAUGUGUGUCACGCAGAUACAGCUGAACUCAGCAGUGGGGAGGCCAAGGAACUUCAGCAGAUCAAAUGGCACAGGAAGCAGCUGCUGGAGGACAUCCAGAAACUGAAGGAUGAAAUCGCAGAUGUGUUUGCCCAGAUUGACUGCUUCGAGACCACGGAGGAGAGCCGGAUGGCGCAGAAAGAGAAGGAGAUGUGCAUCGGGAGAAAGAAAUUCAACAUGGACCCUGCUAAGGGCAUCCAGUAUCUCAUUGAGCACAAGCUGCUGACUUCUGAUGUCCAGGACAUCGCCCAGUUCCUGUACAAGGGUGACGGUCUCAACAAGACAGCCAUUGGCACCUACUUGGGGGAAAAGGACCCCAUCAACUUGCAGGUCCUGCAGGCCUUUGUGGACUGCCAUGAGUUUGCCAACCUCAACCUCGUUCAGGCCCUCAGGCAGUUCCUGUGGAGCUUCAGGCUGCCGGGCGAAGCCCAGAAGAUUGACCGGAUGAUGGAGGCCUUCGCUGCUCGCUACUGCCUCUGUAAUCCCGGAGUCUUCCGGUCCACAGACACCUGCUACGUGCUGUCCUUCUCGGUCAUCAUGCUCAACACCGGCCUACACAACCCCAACGUGCGGGACAGACCGCCCUUCGAGCGCUUUGUGUCCAUGAACCGUGGCAUCAACAGUGGCAGUGAUCUGCCCGAGGAGCAGCUGCGGAAUCUGUUUGACAGCAUCAAGAGUGAGCCUUUCUCCAUCCCCGAGGAUGAUGGUGGUGACCUCACCCACACCUUCUUCAACCCCGAUCGUGAAGGCUGGCUACUCAAGCUGGGGGGCCGGGUGAAGACUUGGAAGCGACGCUGGUUCAUUCUCACUGACAACUGCCUCUACUACUUUGAGUUCACCACUGACAAAGAGCCUCGGGGCAUCAUCCCCCUGGAGAACCUCUCUGUGCAGAAGGUGGAGGACCCCAAGAAGCCGUUCUGCCUGGAGCUGUACAACCCCAGCUGCCGGGGCCAAAAGAUAAAGGCCUGCAAGACAGAUGGGGACGGCAAGGUGGUCGAAGGCAAACAUGAAUCCUACCGCAUCUCAGCUGCCAAUGCCGAGGAGCGUGACCAGUGGAUCGAGGCCAUCAGGGCCAGCAUCACUCGAGUCCCCUUCUAUGAUCUGUUGUCUGCUCGGAAAAAGAAGAUUGUUGGCAAGCAGUGAGCUUGCGGAAGGCAGGCUGCACUGGCAACCCUGUAAGACCUAAGGUGCCUGGAGACAUUGGGACACACCUCUCACCCGCUCACAAACAUGCUCCUCCCAUCACUGGAACUGGCUGUUGGGGGAUGUUGAUCCUCAGAGGGCACAGAGCUCAUGGGGGAGCCUGCCAAGAAGAACUUAUAAAGCAUUGUCUAGGACCACUGUGGCUGAGGGUUAGGAUGGGGAGAUGAGCCAGCCUAGAGCCCACUACCUGUAUCCCACUCCCUCCCUCCCAGCAGGAGGACCAUGGAUUCCCCUGGAGGCUUCCAGCUCAGAAGUUUUCCUUCCUUUUCAUUGGGCCAGUGCCUCUCUGCCAUGGACUCUCUGCAUUUGUCUAGCUUGGAGCCCUGGAGCUUCAGAUAAACCCCUCCACUGAACACAGCCCUCCUCUGGGUCUUAGAAAAUGCAGAGUUGGGACAGGAAACAUCUUGGCCCAGCAGGCUUUUGGUCAGCUCGGCUUCCAGGGGAAGCUGGGAGACCAGGUGACUGAAGGAGACAGACUGAGCUGGCAGGUUCUGCGGGUGCUGCUAGCACCAUUCCCGUGGGCGCUGGCCUGAGAAGAUGAGCAGAGGAGCCAGACCCUCGAGGCUGUGGCAGGUCUGACCUACGGCUGAGAAAAAAAACGGGAGAAGAGAAUGUUUCAGAUUGUGCCCACCAGGAGGGCUGCUUAGAAGCCACAGCUGGUAGCACAGGACUCAGGCUUGCACAGACUCUCAGCCAUGGCACCACAGAUGGCUACCUGGCUAGCAGUAGUCACGGGCUGCAGGAUGGGGCCCCCUGUUCCUGCCUCCUGCCAGAGCAAGGCCAGCUUUCCAUACACAGCAGGCUGCUGUGUCCCCAGGGAGGGCCCUCUUAGGGGAUGCUUCUCCCCCAGAGCGCUUGUACCUCCUCUGCUGCCUGAGGAGCACCCCCAGGGGAAGUUUCCUCAGCAAGGCAACAAAAGAUUGGGGCCCCUGUGCCCUGUGCUAGCCCAGGCUCUGAGAAGGAGCAGCAGGUGGCUAGGCUGCCCUCGUCCUUUGUAGGAGCCCACAUAUGUGCACUCUGUACAGGGUGGGAAGAGAAGUGCAGUGGGGGAGGAGGAGAUGCCUGUCUCAGGAGGGACACACAUCUGGGAGCUGGGGCACCGGACAAUUGGGGACUUUCUGGUGAGCUGAGCCCACACCAGCUGCCCCCAUUUGGGGGUUAAGGGACUGUAAAAUCUUUUCUUCCUCUGCCUCUAGCAUGUAUGCGUGCACAGAGGCUGUCUGACUCUUGUCCCUUCCUCUCUCUGGUCCUCGGCUUCUUCCCAGCACCAAGGCGGUAGGACAUCAUUUUCUUUCCUGUUGUAACACUUAGAAGCAAGAAUAAAAGCUCAUGAAGCAGCU